AUGGACGAAAAUUAUGAUGUUAUCGUCCUUGGGACAGGUCUUACCGAGUGUAUAUUAUCUGGCUUACUCUCAAUCGAGGGGAAAAAAGUCUUACAUGUUGACAGACAGGACCAUUAUGGUGGUGAAUCAUCCAGUGUCACAUUAACGCAACUAUACUCUAAAUUCAAACAACAUCCUUUGAGUAAGGAAGACAUUGAGUCAAAGUUUGGCAAGGAUAGAGAUUGGAACGUGGAUUUGAUUCCUAAGUUCUUGAUGGCGAAUGGUGAAUUGACUAACAUUUUGGUUCAUACUGACGUCACCAGAUAUAUCGAGUUCAAGCAAGUUGCUGGCUCGUACGUUUACAACAGAGGUAAAGUAUAUAAAGUUCCUGCUAACGAAAUGGAGGCUAUUUCAUCUUCUUUAUUGGGUAUCUUCGAGAAAAGAAGGAUGAAGAAGUUCUUGGAAUGGAUCAGUGCAUACAAUGAAGAAGAUAUCGCCACACAUCAGGGCUUAAACUUGGAUCAAAACACUAUGGAUGAGGUAUACUACAAAUUUGGCUUAGGAAAUUCAACCAGAGAAUUUAUUGGACACGCAAUGGCCCUUUGGACCAAUGACGAUUAUCUGCAACAACCUGCUAGACCAUCAGUGGAAAGAAUUAUCCUAUAUGUGCAAUCGAUUUCCAGGUUUGGUAAAUCUCCAUAUAUUUACCCUAUGUAUGGGUUGGGCGAAUUGCCUCAAGGAUUUGCUAGAUUAUCAGCUAUUUACGGUGGGACAUACAUGCUAAAUACCCCAAUUGAAAAGGUUUUAUACUCAGACGAUGGUAAAUUCGAAGGUAUUGUCACCAAAGAAGGUACUGCAAAAGCACCAAUAGUCAUCGCAGAUCCAACAUACUUCCCUGAGAAAUGUAAAACUACAGGUGAAAAGGUGAUCAGAGCAAUUUGCAUCACUAAACAACCUGUUCCUAACACUAGUAAUGCUGAUUCUUGCCAAAUAAUUAUACCACAAUCACAAGUUGGAAGAAAGAACGACAUUUAUAUUGCUACUGUCUCUGACGCCCAUAAAGUUACUUCGAAGGGUCAUUACCUCGCCAGUGUAUCAACCAUCAUUGAAACUGAUAAACCUCAUAUCGAAUUAGAGCCGGCUUUCAAAAUGUUGGGCCCAAUUGAGGAGAGGUUCAUGGGUAUUUCAGAAAUCUUUGAACCGAUCGAAGAUGGCACUAAAGACAACAUUUACAUCUCUAAAUCUUACGAUUCCUCAUCUCACUUCGAAUCCAUGACCGACGAUGUCAAGGAUAUCUACUUUAGGAUUACUGGUCACCCCCUUGUUUUAAAGAAGAGAGAAGAUGUUGCAGAGGAGUAA